CAGUUUUUCUUCUGUGGUUGUGACGUGUCUUCUAACGUGUUGACAGUUUGUUCGGAUCACACUUUGUUUGUUCUUCGUGUGAAAUAAACGUCUUUUGUUCAUCACAAUCACAAACGUUGCGUAAACGCUCGUUUUCCACAGUUUUGUAACACCGGUUACGGACAGUUUUGUAACCCCGCACAAACAAAGCCUUUUGAAUUUCCCGCAGCUGCCCGGGCGGCACGUGAGCGCGGCUCGCAGCCCGAUUGGCUCCGUCGCAGCGUCAGUUUAAAGAGCCACCGCGAGCUGCGUUUCAAUUGGCCAGCUGCGUUCUAGCGCCAAGAUUUCAAUAAAAAGGCGAGCGGACAACAGAAGCCGCUUCAGUCUCUCUGCUCUCCGUCUGUCAGCUGCUGCCUAGUUUAGACUUUUUACGCUUUAGUCUCUUUUUUGUUCCUGCUUUUAGUCUUUUAAUUUAUCUUUUAUUCGCGUGUCCGUCUGAACUCGAAGGAAGUCAAAAUGCUUUCUGCUCGCUCUCCUCUGUCCGUCAAGAACGAGAACACCGUCAGCACCCAGAUGAACAACAUGUCGCUGGACAAAGAGAACACGCCGCCGAGCCUGAACACGACCCGCAUCCUGGCGUCCAAAACCGCGCGUAAAAUCUUCGACGAGCCUGCGCCCAAAGCCGUGAAGAAGAGCAGCCGCGAGGAGCAGGAGGAGCCGCUGCUGAAGGAAAACCCUCGUCGCUUCGUCAUCUUCCCCAUCCAGUACCACGACAUCUGGCAGAUGUACAAGAAGGCCGAGGCGUCUUUCUGGACAGCAGAGGAGGUGGAUCUGUCCAAGGACCUGCAGCACUGGGAGUCUCUGAAGGACGAGGAGAGGUAUUUCAUCUCUCACGUGUUGGCGUUCUUCGCCGCCAGCGACGGCAUCGUCAACGAGAACCUGGUGGAGCGCUUCACCCAGGAGGUGCAGGUGACGGAGGCCAGGUGUUUCUACGGUUUCCAGAUCGCCAUGGAGAACAUCCACUCUGAGAUGUACAGCCUCCUGAUCGACACCUACAUCAGGGAGCCCAAAGAGAGAGAAUACCUCUUCAACGCCAUCGAGACUCUGCCGUGUGUGAAGAAGAAGGCUGACUGGGCCAUGAACUGGAUCGGCAACAAGAAGGCCAACUACGGAGAGCGUGUGGUGGCCUUCGCUGCCGUGGAGGGAAUCUUCUUCUCUGGCUCCUUCGCUGCCAUCUUCUGGCUGAAGAAGAGAGGCCUGAUGCCCGGCCUGACCUUCUCCAACGAGCUCAUCAGCAGAGACGAGGGUCUGCACUGUGACUUUGCCUGUCUGAUGUUCAAACACCUGGUGAACAAGCCGUCGGCAGAAACCGUCACCAACAUCAUCAAGAACGCCGUGCAGAUCGAGCAGGAGUUCCUGACGGAGAGUCUGCCUGUGAAGCUCAUCGGGAUGAACUGCGAGCUCAUGAAGCAGUACAUCGAGUUCGUGGCCGACAGACUGAUGCUGGAGCUCGGCUUCACCAAGAUCUACCGGGUGGAGAACCCCUUCGACUUCAUGGAGAACAUCUCUCUGGAGGGAAAGACCAACUUCUUCGAGAAGCGGGUGGGCGAGUACCAGAGGAUGGGCGUGAUGUCGGGCUCCACAGACAACACCUUCAGGCUGGACGCAGACUUCUGAGCACCUGCUGGAGACGAGCCACGCCCACUCGCCUCUCCAGACUCCGCCCUGCAGGAGGAGAGGGGCGGAGUCAGCACAAACACUUGGACCUCAUCCAUCCUGACAGACAGCAGCUGCCUCAGCUGGAGGUAUCUCCUCUGCUGUUGCAUGCUGGGAUUGUUUUUCCUUUUUUUCUUUAAUAGAUGGACUCUGAAAUCUUUUUCUUCUCUGCAGCUUCAUGUUUUUGUACAUAAAGUAGUUUUUAGCUGUGUUUUGUAAUAAAGUGUAACUCCUAAUUAUAUUUCAGUACUUUCAUGUUUUACUUAUUUUAAAUUGUACAGUUUUGUUUUUUUAAUAAAAGGUGCAGAAAUGGAAA